AUGCCCUGCAGAGUGAGUGAAGAUGAGAAUGUGAAUGAGCAAGAGUUCUCUGCGGAGGGCAAAUCGCGCGUGUCCUCUCCGCAUUCGUGUCUUUGCAACAACUGGGUGGAAAUAGGGGAGAGCUGUCCAUUUCAGAACCACGCUCCCCCCGACACAAAAACCCUCUUGCGACACGGACCCGUCUCCUCGACAUUUGCUAAACAAGGCGACCAUUAGUCUGUGUGAAGACUGCAAAGACAAUGUUUGCGGGCGGCUCUGCGGUAAAUACAGGUAGUCUCUAACCUCCCGCAGUCAGGACACAGACGGCAUCCAGCAUCAUUUUCUUUUAUGGAGAAAUUCGAGUGCGUGCUCUCAUUAUUUUUUUCCCUUUUAUACUCUGCCUCUCUCUAUCCCGCUUUUAUGAGGACCAUGAUCCAAGAUUCAAACUGCUUCUUUUUGGCAUGACUUUUACGAUGUAUGGUGCUGUCGAAGCAGGGUGACUCUCCUAGUCUUUCCUCUACCCUGUCCCUUUCCUUCUCUCUUCCUAUCUCUCUCACUCUCUCUCCAUCUCCCUUGCUAUCUCCUUCUUUAUCUGUCUCUCUGAGGGAAGUGAGGGAGAAGUGCUGGCUUUCCUGGAUGAAGAGAAGACCUUGGUCUGCCUGCCUGACCAGUUCUGACCCUGGUCGUAUCCACGGUGACCAAAGCUCAGUGGGUUAAGGUAGAGCGAUCACCUCCGGAGGAAAGAAAAGCAGCGGCUAAAACAAACGGAGGAAGAGGAAAAGGACAGGAAAAGGGGGGGAGGGGAGGGUCACGCUUUCUCUCUCCAUCAUGCGUUGAGGCCAUGUCCCAGUCCAGCAAGGUCUUUCACGUGUUGGUGGAAGUGCGGUCAGUUCCGGAGCGGGAGGGGGAUGGGGCCGGGGAUUUGGAGGUGGUGGGCACCGCCACACCAAUGGGGGAGGAGGUCCGGAUGCAUGGAGCAGCCAUUCCUGGGGCCAGCAGGCAUUCGGAGGGGGUUCGCGGCAUGAGCAGCGGCGGUUUCGGUGGAGACAGAAACUUCAGUCCCUCUAGAUCUCCACCCACCAGCUCCAAACACAACCCCGGCGGGUCCUCCUCCGCCCUCUACCAGCAGGGCCUGUCGUGCAACGGGAUUGGCCGGCUGCUCUCGGCGGUGCUGGAUCCUUUGGAUGGCGAUGAGGGCGUGGCGGCACCACGCACUCCCAAGUACGAGGCCUCCCAGGGACGGGGCCCGCGCCCGUCCACCGCGACCGCGGGCGAGCGGGGAGGCGACGGCCAGCGAUCGGUCGUCACCUUCAGCUACAUCGAGAAGGCCAGCGUGAGGACGGUGGAGAGUCCUCAGAGCGCCCCGCGCCGAACCGCGCCCGCCCGCUCGGCCGACUCCCCGGGCCUCCGCCGGUCCGCCGAGGGCUCGCCGCUGGCCGCCGCCGCCGCCGCCCACCCCUGCAAGAGGACGGGCGCCCCCGUCUACUUCUACAGCCCGGAUUCCUCGUGCCACUCCAGUCCCGCGCUGUCGCUCCGGGCCUCGGGGGGGUCCCGCUCCGCCGCCAGGGUCGCCGCCCGCCAGGCGUCGGAGGAGCUGAGGUCGCCGGUGGUGAAGCGGCGUGCGGCCGACGGCCCCGCGGAACGGCUCCGCCAGCAGUCCCGCUGCCAGUCCUGGGCGGGGACCACGGACCCGACGCGAGCCGCCGGCACCCUCCCCGGCGUCCGGCCGGGCGGAGGUCCGGACUGGCUCAACCCUCCGUGCGACCUUCCCAGAAACCCAACCGGAAAGCGCCCCUCCUCGGGCGCCGCCUCGGCCACCCUGCCCGCGCUCGGGGCCGAAGGGCCCCGGGACGUUCCUGCGCAGAGGCCGGGGGGCAAGGCGGGGCCCGGGAGCGACCCGCUUUUGGCCAGGAGGGUGAACCUGCCCCCGGGCGACACCUUCAGCAGCGCGGGCCGGGGGAUGAACCAGCUGAGCGGGUCGAGGGCGGCGUCCCCCGCCGACAGCCCCCAGACCGGCCGCAGGCUGAACAACGAAGCUGCCAGACCCUCCGCGGCCUUUAAGGAGGCCAGGAAGUGCCUCUCGUCCUCCAGCCAGGGGGACUUUCUCGAACCGGGAAGCCCGAGGUCGGGGUGCGGGACGCAGGAGCGGCGGCAGGACGGGGGGGCCGUGGAGAACCGCCUCACCGUGAUGAACAUCCCUGUGGACUGUGUCCCGGAAGCCGGCUCUUCCGCGGGGCCUGAGCAACACCGCGCCCUGCCCGUGUGCGACGCAGAUUCGGGGAGCAGAGAGAGGGUCCCCGCGGGGUCCCCCGCCCUCCCCGCCCGGCUGCACAGGUCCGACGUGUGCCCCGCGGACGUGGCCCCUCCCCUGAAAGACCCCCGCCUGCUGAGGGCUACCCUCCGGGUCACCGACACCCCCACCCUCCACCGCCACCAGCCCCCGCAGUACACGGGAGAGAACUGGUCGUCCAGCCCAGUGCGCAAGCUGGUGAUGAAGGAGAGCCCGGAACCUUCCGUCAGGCUCUACGUGGAGCAGCGGGGCGGGGUGCCCGACGUGGAGGCCCCCGUGAGCUGGACGUCCCGUCAGCAGUGGGGGGGUGCGCCGGGAUGGGGGGGCGACAGUCCGAAGGUGGGUCAGCAGGCCGAGGGGUGUGUGGGCGGUGCUUCGCCUGUUCUGUUGCGGAAAGAGGCGGAGCUCCGGACCAGGGAGGCUCUCUUGCUUGGCCCGGUCGUGCUGGACCACCCCCAGGCGGGCCAGCCACGGGAUGCUCAGCAGUCUAGUUUGGCCCCGGGAAGUUGGAGUGUCCCAAUGAAAGCUGAGGGGGAGCAGCAGCUAAACUGCAGAGGGGAGAGAGGCUGCACCUCGCCAGAGUCCACCCUGUCCAGUCACAGGAGCUUUGAGAUGGGACACACUACGUCAGGCAUACAGUCGGACAGCGGCAUCUCCUCCAUGGGUCCCUCCCUGCACUCCCAGAAAAUUGCUCGCGCCAAAUGGGAGUUCCUAUUUGGGACACCAUCUGGAGACAAUGCCGGCAGUAAAGAUAACCCCGAUGCUUCCACGACGCCCCCUAGCGGUACCUCCAGCGAGUCUCCGACUCCGACACCCCCGACUUCCCUGCCCCUGGAGGGUCGGAGGUCGGCGAACCACGACGUGCAGCACGUGGAGGUGGAGCUGGUCACCCCUCCCCCAAUGGCGGAAGGGGCGUCGCCCAAGACCGGCAUCAUCCGCCGCACCAUCAAGUACUCGGAGACGGACCUGGACGCGGUGCCGCUGCGCUGCUACCGGGAGACGGACAUGGACGAGGUGCUGGCGGACCAGGACGAGGCCGACUCGGCCUUCGGGAGCAACCGCAGCGUGCCGGGAACCCCCGGCAGCAGCCCCCUGGGAGGGGCGCCGUAUGGACACAUGGACGGAGAGGAAGAGGAGGAGGAGGAGGAUGAGGAGGAGGAGGAAGAGGAGGAGGAGGAGGAGGAGGAGGAGGAGGCGCUGAGCUGGUGCAGCGUGAGGAGGCGUGGGGAAAGGAAGAGGCACCGCAACCCUCGGGAAGAGAACGAGGCCUUCAGUGUGCUGCUGAAGAGGCCUUUAGACGGGUUCCUCCGUGGCUACCCCGCCCUCAAGUCCCCCAUCCUGGUGUCGGGCCCCCGGCUGGCCGCGGAGGACUCCUUCAGCCGCCAUUUUGAGAGCAUCAUGGAGUCGCACCGCGCCAAGGGCACGUCCUACUGCAGCCUGGACAGCGAGGACCUGCUGACCUCCAGCGGCCAGUCCAUCCUAACCUUCGACCUGCCCACCCUCACCCCCGAGGUGCAGUGCCAGACCUACCAGAGCGCCCGGGAGAUCGUGGGGCUCAGCUUCGCCCCGCUGGCCCGCAGGGAGACCCCCAGCGGCUCGGUGGACACCCUCGCCGCGCUGGACUCCGACGCCACCCGCGCCCCGUCUAGCGAGCGGCUGAGUACCUGCUCCGAGGACACGCCCUCCUGGGGGUGGUACAGCACCCUCUCUCCCAGAGAGAGGCCCCCCCGUGCAGCGGUGGACUCUGACCUGGAUCGGGACCUCAGCGAGCUGCUGGGCCUGGGGAGCACUGACACCCUGACCAAUGGCAGCAAGGCUGACCUGGAAGCCGCUAAACGAUUGGCCAAACGCCUCUUCACCCGGGACGGGUUCAGGAAGUCCGACGUGGCCAAACAGCUGAGCAGGAACAAUGACUUCAGCCGCAUGGUUGCCGAGGAGUACCUGCGCUUCUUCAGCUUCACGGGCAUGACCCUGGACCGGGCGCUGCGGGCCUUCCUGAGUGAGUUUGCCCUGAUGGGGGAGACACAGGAGCGAGAGCGUGUGCUGGCUCACUUCUCCCGAAGGUACAUCUACUGCAACCCCAGCUGCACCCUGUCUGAAGACAGUGUCCACACCCUGACCUGUGCCCUGAUGCUGCUCAACACUGAUCUUCAUGGGCGUAACACUGGCAAGAGGAUGUCCUGCCUGCAGUUCAUUGGGAACCUGGAAGGGCUGAAUGAUGGGCAGGAGUACCCUAAGGAUCUCCUCAAGGCACUGUACAACUCCAUUAAGAAUGAGAAGCUGCAGUGGACGAUCGAUGAGGAGGAGCUACGCAAGUCGUUCUCGGAGCUGGCCGACGGGCGCUCUGACUCCGCCUCCCGCAGCAUGAAGCGAGUGGACAGCGGGGGGAACGCCUUUACGGGCGUGUCCUCGCAGUCGGGCACCCUCGUCUACAAGGCGGGCUUCCUGGUCCGCAAAGUCCACGCUGAUUCUGACGGAAAGAGAACACCGAGGGGGAAGAGAGGAUGGAAGACCUUUUAUGCUGUGCUGAAGGGGCUGAUUCUCUACCUACAGAAGGGUGAGUUCAGGCCGGAGAAGCAGCUCUCCCACGAGGACCUGAAAAACGCUGUGUCCAUCCACCACUCCCUGGCCAUGCGGGCGGCCGACUACAGCAAGAGGCCCAACGUCUUCUACCUGCGCACCGCCGACUGGAGAGUGUACCUCUUCCAGGCCCCGAACGCGGAGCAGAUGCAGUCCUGGAUCACUCGCAUCAACACUGUGGCGGCCAUGUUCUCGGCCCCGCCCUUCCCCGCGGCCAUCGGCUCCCAGAAGAAGUUCAGUCGGCCGCUGCUGCCCGAGACCAGGUCCAAGCUCUCUGAGGAGGAGCAAGUGCAAUCCCAUGAGGCGCGUUUUCGCACCACCUCUUCAGAGCUGGCCGAGCUGCGCUCGUACCCCCCAGACCGCAAGGUCAAAGGUCGUGAGCUGGAAGAGUACCGUCAUCGAGACGAAUACCUGGAGUUUGAGAAGACACGCUACGGGACGUACGCCAUGCUGCUGAGGGCUAAGAUCCGCUGCGGGGAUGACGACCUGUCGGUGCUGGAGUCCCAGAUCCUGGAGGACAGCGGGCUGCAGAGGGCUCAGUCCAGCCCCACGCUGGACCGGGACAGCAGCGUGGCCAGCAACUCCAAGAGCAGCAGCAGCAACAAGCGCAACGAGGGCCAGAGACACAGCUACAGGCAGGCCGUCAAGAAGUGAGAGGGACCGGGGGGGGGUUGGGGGGGAGGGUGCUGUUUCCCCACCCAAAUUUUUCUUUGAGGUCCGAGAGGUGGGAUGGCUGGGGGCCAGGACAUCCGCGUGGAUGUUCCCCCCCCAUUCCUCCGUCUCCCGAGUCUCCUUGGCCAAUAGGAGAGAGGCGGAGGUCAUGUGACUGGCAGGCGUCAGCGGCGCGGAUGCGGCCGUUGGCGGGAAGAGGGCCAGAGGUUUCAGGGAUGUAGCUUUUGCAAGGAGGCGCUCGUAGACGGGGGACCACUUCUGAUUGGACGUUCACUCACUCAGACAGCAGAAAAAAACACCCGGCUUCUCAUUUCUCAACACAAAGUCUUUCUUUCAUCCACCAGACAGCCCCUGACCUCUCUUUCUGCCACUCCCUUACUACACAUAACUCACAAUUAAGCAUAUAUGUAUGCUUAUAUGCUUAUAUGCUUAUAUAUAUAUAUAUAUAUAUGCUUCUAUAUAGAUAUAUAUACAUAUACAUAUAUAUAUAUAUAUAUAUAUAUACUUUUUGUUUCAAAUCUUUUAAAAAUGUAAUCCACUUCUGUGACUUAUUCCUUCUUCAAAUUUAACAAAACAGUCUCUGCCUUGGAGUAGGUAUGUGGACAUAAUAGAUUGUUUUAUUAUUUCUUCUAAAGGCCUCGAUGUUCAGGGCCCAUUUUUAAUUUUUUUUGCCAUGGGCUCCGUUUGAUGGGUGUCAGGGUGUACCUCUCGGCCUCCCCCCCCCGUCAGACCGAGGCUCUGUCUUGCCCGCAGUGGCUGGGGGAGGGGGGUCCUCUUGCUGAUUAGGGCAACGAAGAGGACCCUUGGGCUGGUUCAGUGGUUAGAAGGGGCACUAUGACAGCCAGGAGGACCGCGGUGCGUUUCUGCCCGACGGAACGGAGGCCAGAUUGGGGGGAAAUCCGCCAGAGGGGGGAUUUUUUGCUGGAUCGGUGUUGAGAGACGGGAGAUGGUGGCUGGGCCGACUGACGCAGACUCCUGCAUGCGCAACCGUCAUUUCUCAGCUUCCCUCCUUCUCGUCCUUUUAUCCGUCUCUCUGAGGGAUAGAAGUGCUCUGUCACAUCCUGGGGAGGGGAGGGGGGGGCGAGGCGGUUUGUGCCAUGUGACGCAGUGGGCAGUGAUGAACAAACCUGCGUUAUUCUUCUCUCCUUUGCAGUGAGAGAGCUGUUUUUAAACCUUUUAACUGUCUCAUUUUUGAUUUCUUUCUUAAAGCAUAAUUGCUUGAGCUGCUUUGUUCUACUGUGAGCUUUUCACGAGUAACACUGGAUAUGUGCUUUUAUUCUUGGCUGUUGUCUAAACAGAUUGGCUUGCUUGCUUUGAUGUCAGAUGCUUUUUAUUUAGUUAUUUUUUUAAGCUUUUUACCCCCUUGAUUUUCUAAAAAAAAAAAAAAAAAAAGAGAACAACGAGGAAUUCUGUGCUUGAUGGCUUAGCGGUUUAUCUAUUUUAUUUAUGGUUAUUUGAUGGCACUGUCCCCUUGGGUGAGCUGUUUAUUUCUAAAAGACAUGUGCGCACGUGUGUGUGUGUGUGUGUGUGUGCGCGCGCGUAUGUGCGUGCGCGUGCGUGUACACGUGCGUUUAAUUCCCUUGUUUAUGCAGCCUGUUCUAACACUCACCAGGCAGAACCUGAAUGUCUUGUUUAAUCCGUUGAGCAGUUGGUUCUCGUUUGUGCCGUGAAAAGUGUGAUCUUUGAAGUAGGUUUUUUAGAAUCCUGUCAUGUUCUUUUCAGUCAGAAUGUUCAGGGGCGCUGAAAUAUUAGAUGUACUUUGUAUUUUCAUUUUGUACCCCCACAUAGAGGAAGACAAAGGCAACUGUCUGUGCACCUGACAGGUUUACAGACAUAUACAGGAAUAAGUUCCUUUAAAUCAGUUUCCAGGCCAUUUAUUUGGACAUGCUUUCAGAUUUUGUUGUUUUAAAAUAAGACACACUAUAAAACCUUUGUGGUGAUUCCCUGAGGGGGAUUUAAAACUUUUGACUGAAUAUGAAAGGAAAUGUUUCACACUAUUUAUACAUACACGUUUUUAGAAGAAAAAAACUGUGUGUGAUUUUGGAUAUUACUAUUCACUGCUUUUGGCAUCGGUUUGCUUGAUCAUUGAACCUGGCUGUGAUACAGCACACUUGUGCGAUUCUUGCCUGUUGCAUAAGAGCCACGUCACGUCAAUGAAGCGGAGAGGCGGUAGGGCAAACGCUAGGCGGUGAGGUUAUUUCAACUGCUGAAUGAAAAGCCAAGUAAAUAAAAGCUACCGCCGAAAAACAGGAAGAAACUAUUAUUGAGAGGAUAAUACUUUAGUGCCAGCUUAGAUCACCUUGCUGUCUAUGUUAACAAUCAGUGUCAAAUAUUCACCCCCCCCCUUCCCAAAUCAAAAGAAAGAAAGAAAUAAUAUAAAAACAAAUAUUCAAAAUCCACAGGCUGUAUUUUUCUAGGAACAUGCAUGUUUAAGUAAAGUGAUGUUAAUUUUAAUGCACAAUAUAAUUAUUGUUGAUGCUGCAGAUUUUUCUUCUAUCUUUAACUUAACGUGAAAAAGUAUGUGCUUUGCCUUCAGUAUAAUUUGCCCCUUUAAAUGAAAAAGGUAUUCAAUGAUGUAAAUCUGGUAACAAUCUAAAUCAAGUUCAUUGCACAACAACUUUACAUGUGCAAGAAAAUAAUGUACCAUUCUCUCUAAUAUAACAUGUGAGUGUUAUGAACAAUGAGAAAUGAAAAAGAUGUUUUCGUUUUGAAAUGUAACUGUUGGUGUUGUUUAUUUGAAGAUGUAUUUAUGAAUGUAACAAAAAUAUCCAAUAAUAAGUAAGCAUACUCAAAGCGGGUUGUAUAGUCCCACAAUGAGCUAUUUAAGCCAUGUACUACUCAGGCUCUUACUGUUCAAUCAUGAAAUCAUGUGCAGUGAUGCCAACAUUCUACCAGCAGAGAGCGCUGUUCUGUGGGACAUUCAAACAGCCUCAGCCAUACACUGCACAGCUCUGCACUGCACAAGUUUGGGGUGAUCCACCAAUUGGGCUGAAACUACGCGGACUGCAGCUUAUUGGCCAUUGACGAGGAGCACGUUGUCUGCAUCAUGCUGUUCAAUGCAUAUGACGGUCCAGGACCAGUGUGUUACGCUAAUGUUGAGUGGAUUUGUAUGGGUGACUGUGUGCGUUUUGUGUAUGUGUGCAUCGUGACUACUGAAAGUCUUACUUGUACUUCUUUCUUGUGAAACAGUCCAGGAAUGUAAUCGAUUUUAUUUAACCUUUUUUCUGGGUGACACAGAUUAUAUUUGACUUUUUUCUUGGUGACACAGCUUCUAUGAUUCAGUCCAGGGCAUGAGAAUUUCAGUCAGUGCAGUAGCUAUUGUACACUUGUUUCAUUAGCUACUGUAAAGCUGGCUAAUGCUACAUUAACGGUACAACAGCUGCACUCCUGCUGGAUCAAGUCUUCUGCAUUUUAAGAGAAAUGGGUAGUUUCACUGACACAGAUUAAGCCUAGUCCUAGACUAAAUUCAAUUUUGAAUGGAGAUUCUCCAUACAAAACCCUGUUGAGUCCUAGACUAACCAUAAUCUGUGUCUGUGACACUGGCCCUAAAGGUCUAGAAUAGAGGUAUGGAGGCUGCUCCAGAAGGCUGAUCCUACUAACCAUGUUCCCCUUCCACAACUUUUUCAGUCUUCUUCUCCUUUAUCCUUCCUUUUGCUCUGCUUGCGUUUCUCCUCGCAGUUUUACUUUCCCCAUCAAUCUUUUUCUAACCCUUUCUUAUCUGCCCAAACCCCCAAAAUCUCUCUCUCUUUCUCUGUCUCUCUCUCUGCUGUGCAUGGUGGCCACUGGGUCAGGAUAAAGACCCUGGAACUGAUGCAGUAUUUCCUCUCAAUGUGGACAUUUUAAAGCAUUUUCACUGAGCCCAUGCACUGCACAGCAUGCUUAUGCCAUUACUGGUGUGGGGAGUACUAUGACUAUGAUUACUAUGAUUGUAUUAUGUGUAAUGAGUAUUAUUUCUAGGGGCCCAUUAUUUUUUGAAAGAAAGGAACUCUUUGUAAUCACUCCAACUCUGUCAUCACACAAAACAGCCAUGUCGAACACUGACAUGAUCUCGAUAUUUGGGGAUUGUAGGAAAACGUGUUAAAUGUCUUUAGAAACGUAUUGUGCCCCACGGGGAAAGUGUUCCAUGUAGUACCAAGCACACAGACCACCUUUAUAUGCCUGAAUCAUAAAUGUGCUUGGCUACUCGUUUGCCCACAGGAUAUCAUUGGGUGCUCGUUGAAUGAACAUUUCUGUGAAGGGCUGUCUGCCGAGAAACAUCUACAGUAUGUCUAGAAAAGUCUGCGGCGUAGUUUGUCCUUGCCGUCUGUCCGUCUGUCUCGUGGGAGGGAAAGGAUGUGGCCAGGGACCAUGCGCUUCGCCUUUCACGCCACCCACGCCAUGACAUCACAGAGCAGCCGCAGGAUCUUCUCGCCGCCGGUCUCCGUGGAAACCUUUCCGACCACAGUCGCCGUGCGCUUCAAUGCUCACUGCUAGUAAAAUAUCAUUUCGCCCCCCCCCACACAGGUCCUCGAUCUGCACUGAAUUUAAGUAAAUUUAUGUAGAUGUAAAUACAGCACAAGAUCUAUCGUAGUCUCCUUUCCACUGUCAUGUUUUGUGUGUUUUCAGCUAAAAAAAGGUUAAUGGUAUAUUUUUCGGUCCAUAUGUUAACCAUCUCUUGAAUGAUAUUGUAUUUGAAUGCUGCUUUAUAUACAGGUGUUCUGCAGAAAAUGCUCAGACAGCGCACUCAAAACUGUCAAGUAGGGUUGUUUUUUUUCCUCAGUGUUUUUAGAUCGCUACGAACGUGGCUUUAUUGAAAGGUUUUUACGCGGUUUGUUGGACUCACUUUAGCUGUACACUUGUCGACAGCCUGUAAAGUUUAAACUAUCUGAAAAAAAAAAAGUGUUUGUAUAUGAGCUUUUUUGGAGGCAUAAAGGAAAAAAAAUAAACGAGCUUUUGAAAAAGAAA